GUGUCUGAAAAAAAUGGCCUCAAAUGUUUGUUAGCUGUUGAACUGAAGCCACGCGUCCGCAACAUGUUGAAUGAUACAAGUUAAUAUUUCACGUCGUCGUUGAGAAGUUCGUCCAGCUCCGCUCUGCUCGGUGCUAUGUGGGGGUUAGCCGCGUUAGCAUAGAGCUAGCGCAGCCUCCAGAGCUUCAUGCGGGGCGAGGGUGAAGUCAGACAGGCAGUCACAGCGGUAGAUGGUGGAAACACGCUGACCUAACCCACCUGCUGCCCAACCAGCGAGCUUGGCCUUUGUUUACCUGCCUCUCAGGUAGGACGUGAGCAGAGGGGAGGGGAAGGGGGGCAGGGCCACCCAGCCGGUAGGAGGGAUGCCUGUGGAGGGCGGAAGCAGCAGCGGCUCUGCGUCAGCCGCCCGCCACCCCAAACAGAAACGCAAGGCUCACAGUUUGUCUAUCCGGCGCACCAACAGCACCGAGGACAGGCCUCCGGGCAUCCAAAGAGGAGACAUGCUGGAGGGACAGGACUCCAAGUUGCCCCUCUCCUUACGAAACAAUCUCCUCGACCUUUUUGGCCAAAUCGAGCGCGAGUUUGAAAAUCUUUACAUCGAAAACAUUGAAUUACGCCGGGAAAUCGACUCCCUGAAUGAGAGACUGACUGGAGAUGGACAAACAAUUGAGGGAGGAGACCCCACCAAGGGAGCGCUGAAAACAAAAGCCAGCCACAGCACCAGUCAACUGUCACAGAAGCUGAAGACGACCUACAAAGCCUCUACCAGCAAGAUUGUGUCCAGUUUCAAAGCCACUGCAGGGUCUCGGGCUUUGUGUCAGUUGCUCAAGGAGUAUGUGGGUCACCGGGACGGGAUCUGGGACCUCAGUGUCACUCGAACUCAGCCUGUGGUCCUGGGCACCGCUUCUGCAGACCACUCGGCUCUGCUAUGGAGCAUAGAGACUGGGAAAUGUCUUCUGAGAUAUGCUGGUCAUGCUGGAUCAGUCAACUCCAUCAAGUUCCACCCCACAGAGCAGAUGGCCAUCACAGCCUCUGGGGACCAGACGGCUCACAUCUGGCGCUAUAUGGUGCAGCUUCCUGCCCCCCAGCCACCACCAGAUGUCAGUGCUCCUUGUGAUGAUGACCAGGACUCGUCAGACCGAGAGGAAGGAGAGGUGGAUGGAGAGGGCCCGUGCGAGGUCCCCACCGUCCGGGUGGCUACAGCGACCCUGAAGAGUCACCAGGGUGUAGUUAUCGCAGCCGAUUGGUUGGUUGGGGGCCGACAAGUGGUGACAGCUUCCUGGGAUCGUGCUGCCAACCUGUAUGAGGUGGAGACGUCUGAGCUGGUUCACACACUCACUGGCCAUGACCAGGAGCUGACCCACUGCUGUACCCACCCUACCCAGCGUCUGGUGGUCACCUCAUCCAGAGACACCACCUUCAGACUCUGGGACUUCAGAGACCCGUCCAUCCACUCUGUCAACGUCUUCCAGGGACACACCGACACGGUGACGUCGGCGGUGUUCACGGUGGGCGACAACGUGGUUUCAGGGAGUGACGACCGCACCGUCAAGGUGUGGGAUCUGAAAAACAUGAGGUCACCCAUAGCAACCAUCCGCACUGACUCGGCUGUGAACAGGAUAAGCGUCUCCGCCAACCAGAGGAUCAUUGCUCUGCCACAUGACAAUCGACAGGUCCGACUGUUCGACAUGAGCGGAGUGAGGCUGGCCAGACUUCCACGCAGCAACAGGAUGGGUCACAGACGUAUGGUGUGCUGCACGGCGUGGAACGAAGAGAACCAGUCAUGCAACCUGUUCACCUGCGGCUUCGACCGACAGGCCAUCGGCUGGAACAUCAACAUCCCGGCACUGCUGCAGGAGAAGUGAUGCCACUGACACACACACACACUCUUACAGCAACACACAGUGAAGUAGGAGAUGACCAGAAUCUAUCCAUGUAAAUACAAUGUGGUACACAAACACUGUAAUCUGUGGACCUCGUACAUGCUCGUACGAUGAAGGCGUUUAAACUGUGAAACGUGGUCGUUGUGCAUUUCACGCAGGUGUGAGGUGGGAAAUGCGUCGUUCAUUUUGCCGUUUUCUUUGGAUGCAGAUGUAACACUGAUUGACAAGAUAUUAUUCCCCUGAUUAAUUUAUUCUGUCUCUCAUUGUGCACAUGGGCAGAAUGAUUCAGUUCCGACACUUUUAUUGUCAGAGUUUGUACGAGGCCACGCUCCUCUGUGUGUGUGCCCUUCAUUUGUUUAGCAUGGAUUGUGAAUCGUGACAGGCUGAUCCGUUUAUUUCGAGCCCUCCCUGUGUAAGAAAACAAAAACUAUAAAUCUGACUCCACAGUCACAGGCUGCUGUUCAUGUCACUGCUGUUUUCUGUUACUGCUGAAUGGAGGCUCUCGCAUGUAGAUAAACUACAGUUAUGAGCCCAGGAAAGUUUGUAGAAUAUGAUUUAAAGACAUUGUGUAUAUAUGAAGUUGUGGCCUGUGUUGCAGGUUGUUGCUUGUUUCUGAAGAUGAUGUGAAACGUUUUUAUCCUUUUAGUCAAACUUGGAAUAUUUCUUACCAUGGAGCCAAACAUAUCAGCACAUCCACGCCUGCACGUUGUCUUAACAUGUUCCACAUAGGACCUGCUCUUUCAAAGAUGGAGAUUUGUGUCUUUGCCUAUUAUUACCUUCGAUGCUUUCAGUUCACAGCCAGCCUAUAUAUGAAUAUAUUUAGUAUUUCAAACGUAUGAUACUGUAACUCUGCCUUGUUCCGUGUUUACAAGAGAAUUUCAUUUUUUUAAGUAUUGCUUCAAUUCUGCCUUUCUGUAAGGAUGCAAAGUGUCAAGAGCAAAGCAAAAAUUGGAAAACAUCUGCAUUCUUGUUACUGUAGAAUCCUCUAGAGGUGUAUGAUGUGUUCAUCAUCAUGCAAAAUGAAAUAUUCACUUCAGGUCGCAGGUGAAGUCCAUUUUCUGUCCUCAUGUGGAGGGUUGUGAGCACCAUGAAACGUCUUGUCUUGAAUAUUUUCUUCUGCUCUCAGAUUUUGAGUUUGUUUAGAGUCCCCACCAAUAGAAUUUAGUGUUGACAAGGGACAUUUUCUACCGUCAUUACGGACGGUUACUGUAACCAGGUUCAUCCAGAAUCCUGCGUUCCACCCUAACAGUUUUGCUAGCAACUAUGGAAAAAAAAUUGCAUAUGAGCACGAAGAAGCUGGAGUGCAGGAAAUCUAAGCACAAGUAGAGAAUAUCUGAGUGUGAGGGCAGGGUUUGAAGUGACAGCAUUACAAAAUCUGAAUGUGAAAUAAGUAAAGGCCAUCUGUUCUCAAACACCACUCUCUUGAAUAAAGAAAGGAAAAAAAACCUAGUGCCAACUCAGAGCCCGUCUUGCUGUAUUGUACAAAUUCCAGCGUGAAUUUGUUGUUUUGUGGACAUUUCUGCGCUUCGGUAACGUUAAUAUUCUGUUAUCGUGUUGACACUUUGCAUCGAACCCUCAGCCUUGUACAACCUCUCGCACCUCCCGCUGUAGAUUAAGCCUCUCUGUCUGUUUGAUCCCGAAACAGAAGCAAUAACCCAGCUCCUUGAUGUUUGAACUGAAACUCACGGGAACUUUACCUGUUACACAUGUGCAAUAUCCUGAACAUGAAGUCAUGCUGUAGUUUGUCAUCCUCAGAUGUUUCAGUGCUGUAAAUCCCGUAAAGACGACUUAGUGUAGACGUAACUUCGGUGCAUGUAGGUAUGCAUUGGCUUCAGACCACUAUUCACUACUGUUUCUACCAACAAUAGAGCCAGAAUGGAUUUUUUUAGUAGCAUGAACCUAAAAAUGUAAUAAACGUAUAGAAAUUCCUUGAAAAAUUAUGCAUUAGCCUUAUCCAUUUGAGCAUCAAUGCACUUUCCCAAACGCUUGUUAAAUAACUAAUUGUGUUCCGCUGCACAGUGCAGAUAGGACUUUUACUUCUCUUUCAUGCAGGGAACUCCAGCGCCCACUGCUAUCAGUGUCAUUUUAAUCUGCAGGUAGAAAGGCAAAGUAUAAUUUGAGGCCCACAUAUGAAUUCUAACUCGGAGGAAAUAUGAUUUUGGAUUGAUACAUUAAAUUACCACGUGUCGGAUUGGAAGAGUAACAAAAAAAGUGGAUAGGCUUCACUUCAUUGUAGUGAGUCAUAUUCACCUCAAACUUCAUUAUGUGAUCUACUUUGCAUACUUUAUUGUGACGGGUACGUGCUCUCUGACACUUUCCAAUAAAAAUGUGUGAUUUCCGACCGCA